AGUGGGCGGGACUCCCGGCCCAGCUACGUAAGCGUUGCCGUGGUGGGGAAGAAGCGGAUUCUGGAAGCCAUUACGCUGCGCACUGCACUUGAGUAAAUCCUCCACUUCUACGCACAAUACGCACCGAGGAGGCGGCGAUGGCGUCAGCCGCGAAGAAGCGGAAGAUGAACUUCUCGGAGCGGGAGGUGGAGAUCAUCGUGGAGGAGAUCGAGCGCCACAAACACACGCUGGUGAACCACUUUAACGCUGGAGUCACGCACAUGGCGAAGAACAACGCGUGGCUGGAGAUCCUGAAGAAGGUGAACAGCGUCACCACCUGCCCCCGAGAACUGGCCGAGGUCAAGAAGAAGUGGUCCGACAUGAAGACCGAGGUCCGCAGGAAGGUGGCGCAGGCGAGGGCGGCCAUCGAGGGCACGUCCGCCGACUGCACUCCAGUUCCCGUCAUCCUUAGCGCCAUGCAGCAGCGCAUCUGCAACCUGCUGGGAGAGGCGACCAUCAUCAGUCUGUCCGCAGGAGACACGGACAUCACGCUGUCCGCGGGGGGACACACCGACCCCAGCGUCCCACUGAGCGAGG